AUGAAGGCGCAGAGCAAAAUUCGACACAGAAAAUUCUCCAGAUUCUCAUCUUCUUCUUCUACUCACGUUUCGGCCCGAUCUGAGCCCAAAACCAGAGCCAAUGCCGAAUCCCGGCCCGAAUAUGCCUUGGCCCUGUCCCUGCCUGUGGUGGAGCUUGAAACGUGCUAUCCUUCAGACGAAAUGAUUUAUUCCGUGUUCUUCCCUUGGUAUCACGAGAAUUAUUGGUCAAUGUUACAGGAAAUGGAGAUGGAUCGGAAAUGUGGGGUUACGUUGCAGUUCGGCCCAGAUAACCCAGUUGGGACAGGAUUUAGUUACGCGGAGGAUGCAAAAUUACUUGUGAAAAAUGAUGAUGAGAAUGCUGCUGACUUAACUACACUUUUGAUUGAAGUUUUCAACAGUCAAAAGAGUUUACAAAACAACCCUCUUUAUAUAGUGGGAGAGUCUUAUGGAGGAAAAGUUGCCGUUACUCUUGCUUUAUCAGCUCUAAAAGCAAUAAAGAACAGAAGAUUAAAGCUAAAGUUAGGAGGAGUUGCACUGGGGAACUCUUGGAUGUCUCCAGAAGAUUAUGUGUUUUCAUGGGGCCCUCUGUUAAGUGAUGUCUCAAGGCUGGACAACAAUGGCCUAAAUGAGUCAAACAGUGUAGCGAAUCAAAUAAAGCAACAACUCGCCGCUGGCAAAUUUGCGGAGGCAACCGCUUCUGUUGACAAGCUUCAAGAUGUCAUCAUUCAAAACAGCAAUGCCGUGGUAAUUUUCACUUCAGGUAGUGCUUCAUCAGCAAAAUCCAGUGUAAUCUGGCUAACUGCCGUUGAUUGGGUGAAUAUGUACAAUUUUUUGUACGAUCAGUCCAGUCAAUCUUCAUCGCAAGCAACAUCAGAAUUAUCAAAAAAAAUGUGGAUGAAAGGAUACUCAAGAUAUUUGAAUUCAUUGGCAACAACUUCCUGUGACGGUGAUCUUGAUACUCAAUUGAAUUAUCUUGUUACUUUAAUGAAUGGUCAGAUAAGGAAUAAGCUCAAAAUCAUCCCAAAGAGUGUUAGAUGGGUACUCCUAGCCGAUCCCGUUUACGAAGCAAUGGUAGGAGAUUUCAUGAAACCAAGAAUACAAGAGGUUGAUCAACUUCUAGCACAAGGAGUCAAUGUCACCAUAUAUAAUGGUCAAAUAACCUACCAGUUAUGCUCGAUUAUUAAAUGGAGCGGGCUUAAUAGAUUCUUGCUAACGAAAAGAAUUCCAUUUUAUUGUGGGGCUCAUCCAGAAUACACUGCUGGUUUCGUUAGAUCAUAUAACAAUUUUAAGUUCUAUUGGAUUCUAGGAGCGGGUCAUCUGGUACCUCUUGAACAGCCUUGCACUGCAUUAGACAUGAUAACAAACAUAACACAGUCUCCUGCUCUUUCUUGAAGAUACAUACUAGUCUACCUGUGACGAAUUCAAAUAGAUCAUCACAUAAAAUAUUGUUUAUCUAAGAGCUUCAUAAAGGAAGAAGAAUAAAGAAAAAUAAACUUGCUUUUCUAUAUGAUACGAACCUUUAAAGAACUCUACGUCUUUUAUAUGACAAAUUAAACUUUGCACUCUUAUUUUUUUAUCAUUCCUCUACCAUAUAAUUGAAAUAUGUACUCAAUAUUCCUAGUUUGAAA